UCCGGGCUGCUCGGGCGCCACCACUCCUGUCCCCAACCCGCGCUGCCAGCCGGGCCAAAGGGCGGCGUGACUCACAGCGCUGCCAGCAGCCCACGGCUUGCCCGAGGCGUAAAAAGGCUGCCCGGGCAGGCGGCGGCCGAACCCUGCCCGGCCGGAGGAGCGCAGAACAUGGUCCGAGGCGCGGAGCGGGUCCAUGGCGACGUGGGCUGGGGGCUGCGCGGCACCCUGGCGGCGGUGGCGCUGCUCUCGGCGCUUAACGCGGCGGGCACGGUGUUCGCGCUGUGCCAGUGGCGCGGGCUGAGCGCGGCGCUGCGGGAGCUGGAGGCGCAGCGCGGCCGGGAGCAGCGCGAGGACAGCGCCGUGCGCGCCUUCCUGGCCGAGCUGAGCCGCUCGCCGCGCCGGGAGCCCGCGCCACCCCCGGACCUGGCCAGUGCGGCACGCAACAAGCGCAGCCAUGGCGGGGAGCCCGCGCCGCACAUACGUGCCGAGAGCCAGGACAUGUUGAUGAUGAUGACCUACUCCAUGGUGCCGAUCCGCGUGAUGGUGGAGCUGUGUACAGCACCAGGGGCAUUCUGCCUGACAGGACCACCUGGCCCCCCAGGGCCUCCGGGAGUCAAUGGGUUACCAGGACACAAUGGAUCAGAUGGACAGCCUGGUCUCCAUGGCCCUAAAGGCGAAAAAGGAGCAAACGGAAAAAGAGGGAAAAUGGGGCCGGCUGGAGCCACAGGAGAUCCAGGGGAAAAGGGAGAAAAGGGAGACCCUGGUGAACUGGGCUUGACUGGAAAUGAAGGCCCACCAGGGCAGAAGGGCGAAAAGGGAGACAAAGGGGACGUGUCCAACGAUGUGCUCCUGACAGGUUCCAAAGGUGACCAAGGCCCACCAGGCCCACCUGGGCCCCCAGGCCCUCCAGGUCCUCCAGGGCCCCCUGGAAGCAGAAGAUCCAAAGGCCCACGGCAGCCAAACAUGUUUAACGGCCAGUGCACAGGUGAGACAUGUGCAAUACGCAAUGAUGAUACCUUGGUUGGAAAAGCUGACGAGAAAGUCGAUGACCACCGUUCCCCACAAGCAGAAUCCAUGAUCACUGCCAUUGGAAAUCCAACACAAGUUCUUAUAGUUAAGGAGACAUUUGGGACUUGGAUAAGAGAGUCUGCUAACAAGAGUGAUGAGCGAAUAUGGGUGACUGAACAUUUUUCAGGCCUCAUGGUGAAGGAAUUCAAAGACCAGUCCUCACUUCUCAAUGACAGUUACACGCUAAUCCGCCUCCCAUAUUAUUACCAUGGCUGUGGACAUGCUGUUUACAACAACUCUCUCUACUACCACAAAGGAGGCUCCAACACCAUAGUGCGAUUUGAAUUUGGCAAAGGAACAUUUGAAACUCUGAAGAUUGAAAAUGCCUUGUAUUUUGAUAGAAAAUACCUCUUUGCAAAUUCCAAGACGUACUUCACCUUAGCCAUAGAUGAAAAGGGUGUUUGGAUUAUCUAUGCUUCAAAGGUGGAUGGCUCAAGCAUCCUUGUAGCACAACUGGAUGAAAGGACAUUCUCUGUGGUGCAACACAUCAAUACCACAUACCCCAAAUCCAAGACUGGCAAUGCCUUCAUUGCCCAAGGGAUCCUCUAUGUGACAGACACCAAAGAUAUGAGGAUAACAUUUGCCUUUGAUUUGUUAGGAGGGAAACAGAUUAAUGCAAACUUUGAUUUAAGAACUUCUCAAUCUGUUCUUGCUAUGUUAUCAUACAAUAUGAGAGAUCAGCACUUAUAUUCAUGGGAAGAUGGCCAUUUAAUGCUUUAUCCUGUGCAGUUUUUGUCAGCUACAUAAAACCAGUGAUGUGAUGCAUUCUGUUCCCAUCAGUAAAUUUCACAUGUUUUCUGGGACCAUUUCUGUCUCAAUAUAAAACUUGUCUUUAAGGGUAGCCAGGUACUUAGGACAUAAUUUUAUGACAUGAAUAUGUAUAUGGUCAGUGAACUCUCUUUAAUUUGGAUUUUUCAGUGGAAAAGAGCAAUGGAUAAGAGGUCAAAAUAGCUGAGGUUUGGUGAUUCCACCACAAACUAGCUGGGAAAGUCACAACUCCCUUUUUGGGCCUUGAUUUCCCCAUUGGUAGAAUGAAAAGCUGGCUAAGAUGAUAAGAUUUCCUCUCUCUGUAGGAAAUUCUGUGAUUCUUGUCUGUUGCUACACUUACAACUUUUAUGUAUCUGGUUUUUUUUUUUGGUUUUUGUUUUUUAAACACAUGGUGAACAGAUUUACCCUGGAGUUGAUAAGGCUGAUUGCUUGCGCAGUGAAUUCCUCAGUGCUGACUUAUGUUUGGUACCUUGGGAAGUUGUAUUGAUGCCUUCAGGUUGCUAACGUACCAUGUUAUCCAUCAUUUACUACUUUUCUCUGUGUCUGCAGCUGCCACCUGUACUGCCAUUAUCCUCCACUUCUGAUGGCAUCUCCAAGAUUAGCAAAAGCCAGGAAUAGCUGCCUGCCCAGGUUUCUUAAUGAAAGAGAAGGAGGACCUUCCAGGUUUCUACUAGUUUCUGAUCAUGUUGAUUUGUGGUUGUGGAUCAAAAACUUCAGGUUACAUUGGGGCUUCUGUCACAGCUGUGAAUCUCUUAUCACAGUGCUAAAUAAUGCCUGAGUGGGCUAGAACCAUGGGAAGCACUUUGCAUCUUUCAGAAGAGAGGCACCCUUUGUGGUUAUUAUCUAGAACAGGGGUCAGCAAAUUAUGGCCCUCAGGCUAAAGCUGCCCACUGCCUUUUUUUUGAAAAUAAGUUUUUAUUGAACACAGUCACACUCAUUUGUUUCUGUUUUAUAGUCUUUGACUACUCUCGUGUUAUAAUGGCAGGGCUGAGUAGUUGUAUUGAGCCAUUUUGGCCUACAAAGCCUAAAACAUUUACUAUCUGUCCCUUUACAGAAAAAGUUUGCCAACACCUGAUCUAGAAUAUAAAGUGAGCCUGAUUCUGGGAGGGACUGAUUCAUAACACCUGUUUUUUUGUUUUGUUUUGUUUUAUUUGUGUUUUUUUUUUUUCCAGACUAAAAUGUGGUAUUUUAUAUAGCUUGAGGUUUUGAUAAAGGGAAAGGGUGAGAACAGCAUUAAAUUAAGUUGCCCUCUGCAAAAGCAGUUAAUAAGCUUUUCUCUCCCUAACAUGGUUUUGAAGGAUGUGAGAGGAGAGAAUACAGUUUAACUUGCUCCUUCAAUGCCCUUGAAAAUGCACAUUUUCUACAAACUCAGUUCUUCAAACAUUCUUCAUGCCAGCACUGAGGUCCAGGCAGGGCCACCAAGAAUAAAGAGGGGACCGGAAAGAAAAUGACUGGGGCCCUGCAGCCAAGAAGGGGAUCUAGGGAAAAUCCUAUGUAAAGAUUUUUCAGCCAAGUUGCCCUCCCUGGAUACCUGUGUGUGUUGGGGGAAAGCUGCUGAAAACCUUCACCAGGCCCAAAUCCAUUCUCAGUAACCCUGAGUCCUGGUUUCAUAUCUGACUAAUAGAAAUACUUUAAAGCUUAGGGAUAUAAGGUUUAAAUAUUUAAAUCUCACCUGCUACAAAUACCCAGCUAGCUCUUAGUAGAAAACCCAGUCAAGUGACUUGUUGGUUGAUGUGUUCUUAAAAUCAUGGGUAUGUGAAACGUGUUUUGUUUUUUUUUUUCUCAUUUUUUAGAUUGGUUGAAUCAUGUCAUCACAGCUUUUAAAAAAAGAUGCUCUUUUCAUAUUCGUAUUUUGUAACAAAAUAGAAUCCCAUAUUCAAGAUCAAUGUGUCUAAGGAAAUCUAUUAUUCUUUUAAAGUAUUUAAACAUAUAUGUUGCUGUUUGUAGAUGCAGGGAACCUAGAUGUGAGUAUAAUUUCAUAGAAAUAGUAGUGGUAGUAAUGGUAAUAUAUACAAUACUAACCAAAAGUUGUUAGUUAUUGUAUUAGCACAUCUUGCUUUUAGUAAAAUGUUUUAAAGUCCAUCUUGAUGUGUGAGCCAUCCUAGAGAGGCUCAUACUGGGAUUUAUUACUUAUUUCAUUUCAUUUUUUUGCUAUCGCAGAGUAAUAUGAGGACAACUGAGUGUGACCAAGUUUUGAUGACAGUGAGUGAUUUUAUAGUCUGAUUGAAACUUAGUCUUUACAGAGUGAAAAGAAUUAAGAUUUUAUUCAUUCUUUCGUACAAAAAGUACUUGAUUUUUUUUUUAAGUCUUAGACUCACUGCUAAACUAGAAUGUACAAACUAAUGUUUUUAAGUCAAGCUAUCAUUUUGGCAGUUAUACUCUCACUUAGAAUCCAAAGUUGCUUUAAAGCACUUUCUAAAUAUCUGCACUUCUGAUAAUGUCAGAAUCAAACCAGAUAAUUCUAUAAUUCCUCCCUAAUCUAAAGUAGAUAACUUCCCACUGGGAAGUAAAUAAAGCCAUCCCUCCCAACCUCAAAGCUAGCAAGGACCCUAUUUCAAAGCACUUUUUUUUUUUAACUGAUUAAACAUUCUAUUGAAGCUGUGCACGUGGUUAUGGUCUCAGGGUAUCAGUAAGCACAGGUGUUAGGACAGAGAAAAAUUUCUGUGGUGAGAGCUUUCAACUGAGGAGUUCUGAUCUUAGGGACCUUCACAGUCUUCUUACUUCCAAGGUUGCAAGGUGGCGAAUCAAAUGAGGCACUGCAUUCCUGAAGAGCCAGGUAUCAUUCUCCAACUGCACAGGGUAUGUUUUGGCCAUGACUGUCUGAUGCCAAAUCAUCUGAAGAAGUGCUUGAUAAGGAUUUUCAGUUUUCAUCCAGAUGCUGUGACUUUGUGUAUGGUAUCAUUAAAAGGCACAAAUUUUCUGUCAGUAACCAGAGAUUCUGAACAAUAAAAUGAAUAAUUGUGAA